GAGCCAUGGAGGGAGUGAGUGCGCUGCUGGCCCGCUGCCCCACCGCCGGCUUGGCCGGCGGCCUGGGGGUCACGGCGUGCGCCGCGGCCGGCGUGCUGCUCUACCGGAUCGCGCGGAGGACGAAGCCGACACACACCACGGUCAACUGCUGGUUCUGCGACCAGGACACAGUGGUGCCCUACGGGAACCGAAACUGCUGGGACUGCCCCCACUGCGAGCAGUACAAUGGCUUCCAGGAGAAUGGUGACUACAACAAGCCGAUCCCCGCCCAGUACCUGGAGCACCUGAACCAUGUGGUGAGCAGCGUGCCGAGCCCCCGCACCCCCGCGCAGCCCCAGCAGUGGGUGAGCAGCCAGGUGCUGCUGUGCAGGAGGUGCAGCCACCACCAGACCACCAAGAUCAAGCAGCUGGCUGCCUUCUCGCCUCGGGACGAGGGCAGGUACGACGAGGAGGUCGAGGUGUACCGCCACCACCUGGAGCAGAUGUACAAGCUGUGCCGGCCGUGCCAGGCGGCCGUGGAGCACUACAUCAAGCACCAGAACCGCCAGUUGCGUGCCCUGCUGCUCAGCCACCAGUUCAAGCGCCGGGAGGCCGACCAGAGCCACACACAGAGCUUCUGCUCAUCUGCUGUGAAGGCUCCAGCCCAGGUCAUCGUGCUCCGUGCCCUCGCCUUCCUGGCCUGUGCCUUCCUGCUGGCUACCACACUGUAUGGCACCAGUGACCCCUUUGCCCCGGGAGUUACCCUGCCUCCAGCUUUGCCCCCUGGCGGCAAUGGCUCAGCUGCUUCUGACAACAGCACAGCCCCUGGGGCUGAGGGCUGGCGUGUGCUGCUGGGCCUGCUCCCGGAGCAUGUGACAGAGAAGCUAUGGGAAGCCUGGGCCUUCGGGCGGGGCCACCAGAUGGGCAUCGUCGUGCUGGGCCUGCUCACCUGCCUGCUGGCCAUGCUGCUGGCCGGCCGCAUCAGGCUCCGGAGGAUCGACGCCUUCGCCACCUGCUUGUGGGCCCUGCUGCUGGGGCUGCACCUGGCCGAGCAGUACCUGCAGGCUGCCUCGCCCAGCUGGCUGGACACGCUCAAGUUCAGCACCAUGUCCCUGUGCUGCCUGGUGGGCUUCACGGCAGCUGUGGCCACGAGGAAGACGACGGGCCCACGGAGGUUCCGGCCCCGAAGGUUCCUCUCUGGAGACUCUGCCGGCCUUUUCCCCGCGUGCCCCAGCCUGGCCAUGCCCUGCCCGAGCGGCACAGGCUCUUCGCCAUCUCUCUUCCUCCCCACGUCACCUGGCUUCCUGCCCCUCGCCAACCAGCAACUGUUCCGGUCUCCCCGACGGGCCUCGCCCUCCUCGCUGCCAGGCCGCCUCAGCCGGGCCCUCUCGCUGGGAACCAUCCCCUCUCUGACCCGAGCAGACUCAGGGUAUCUGUUCAGUGGGAGCCGCCCUCCGUCUCAGAUGUCUCGAUCUGGGGAGGCUCCUGUUCCAGAUUACUUCUCCCUGCUGUCGGGGAGCUGCCCCUCCUCUCCGUUCCCUUCCCCAGCGCCCUCCGUGGCCGGCUCGGUGGCCUCCAGCUCUGGCUCUCUGCGCCACCGCAGGCCCCUCAUCAGCCCUGCCCGACUCAACCUGAGGGGGCAGAAGCUGCUGCUGUUCCUGUCGCCCCCCGGGGAGGCCCCCAGCACCCCCAGCAGCUCAGAUGGACACUUGCCUCCCAACGGCAGCCACUUCAGCACCGAGCCCCCCCAGAGGCAGCCAGCGCAGGACACGAAGCACACUGUGGACAUGAGGUCCGUGCCGGAGAGACGCAGCGCCUGCAGCAGCCGCUCCAUCAAGAAGGAGGACGACUCAUCGCAGUCGUCCACCUGCGCGGUGGACACGACCACCCGGGGGUGUUCGGAGGAGGCCGCCGCCUGGAGAGGUCGUGUCGGCCCCUCCCUGGUCCAGGGCCUCCUGGCCGUGAGCUUGACUGCCAACGCCCUCUUCACCUCGGCCUACCUGUACCAGAGCCUGCGCUGACCGUGCCGCGCCCGGGAGUCCAGAGGGCGAGCAGGUCCCUGCUGCGCCACCACUGCCGCCUCCGCCCUCCGCAGGGCCUGGAGCCGGGACUGAGCCCGCCCUCGAUGCCUUCUCCUCCGCCGGCGACUGCGGGCUGUGGGUCCGCCAGGUCCCGCUCCUCCCGCCAUCUCGCUGCCAUCAUUGUGUUUGGUGCUGCCCCAAGCCAGCCGGGAGCCCCAGGGGCUGCAGGGUCCGGCCCUGCCUGCAGGGACACCACCGCCACUGAACCUGCCGCAGGAGCCGGCCGCCUGACCCGAGCUGCGGGCCCUGGCCACCUCUCGUACUG